AACAUGCCACCUCGCCCACAUGAUCCCUUCAAUGAUGCACCGCGGCGUCCCACAUCGCGCGCAACAAGUCACUUGCACGACACGUACAGUUCUGGAGGCCAUGCCCUGCGGGCUAACUCGGCCGCACGCAGCCUCUUUGCUCCAACACUCUCACGACGUCCAACUGCAACUGGCCCUUCCUCGACGCAUCUGAACGAGUUGGUCCUCGAAGACUCGGACGAUGCUGGAGACAGGAUGAGCAGGCGUGCUGCCGCUGCUGGUAGGGCAACCCGGACCAGGCGAGCCAGAGCCGCCACUGAGACAACCAUUGAACCCGAUGAAGGAAACCAGCCCGAGCCUCUUGGAGAUAUGGUCGUGAGAGACGAAAGAGGCGACUAUUUGCACGAGGUUCCUGCUUUAGGGGAGCACAUCAAUGGCGCAGAGGAUGAAGACCUCGAAGAUGAACAACGUUUGACGGCUCUCAUACAAGAGUAUUGGGCAUCUGGAACUGCCGCUGGUGGAAGGAACAGCAAGAGAUGGGACGAGCAUGGUCCGUCUCUUACUUUGUCUCUACCUUUGCUAGCUAACGAAUUCUCCCANGAACUUGAAAGACCUAAAGCAGAAGUCAUGACACGACUACGAGACUCCGUCGGCAAGACGCUCAUCAAUGAGCAGUGGCUGUAUGAGCCAAGUGAUUACAUGAAGGCAUUGUUAGUCGAGAACCAUGGACGCGUAUAA